AUGUCACAGGGGGUGGUUUCAGAGACCGUGCAGGGAGGAAGGAGGGACGUUCACCCACAGGUGAUGGGGGUUUGUAAGAAGGCAGAUAACCCGAAUAUUCUGACUCCAUUCACAAUGCCAGUUCGGCUACUGAUGCUGUUUGCUGCGAUCAUUGGAAACAUAGAAGGAGCUGUCAGACCUGUGGUCUUUUUUAAUCCAAAUUGGGACAAAAUAUUCACAGGCGAAUCUCUCAAUCUCACCUGUAACGUGGAUUCAGUGGGACGGGAAGACCAGAAAUAUAUCUGGUACAAAGAUGACAAGCUUCUAUCCACCGGGUCAAAGCAGUUUCUAAUAGAGUCUGCUGAGACAAUAGACAGCGGCAACUACCAGUGUCAGACCACAACAAGUGACAGAAGUGAUGCUGUGAAGCUAGAUGUAACAUACGACUGGAUCAUCCUGCAAGUCCCUCAGUCUGUUUAUGAAGGAGAUGAUGUUUCUCUAAGAUGUCAUAGGAAUCAAGAAGAUCCCACAGGAGGGAAAAUCGUUUUUUACAACAAGGAGAAUACCAUAAUACAGAAGUCAGAAAUUGACUUGAUUUUCUUUCAAAAUGUCAGUAUGAGCAUGGUUGGAGAAUACCAAUGUGCUGCAGGAUCAGCCACAGAUUCAGCUAAAGGAACGCUGUAUGUCAGAGAGCUCUUCUCAAACCCAUUAGUCAAUGUGAGCCAAUACCCAGUAACCGAAGGUGUCAACGUGACCCUAACAUGUGACACGGCUCUCAGCCCACACAGAGCGGCCACGGAAUUACAGUUUGCUUUCUACAGAGACGGGCAGAAUGUGCAGGAAUUUGGUUUAUCCAAUAAAUACCAGAUUCAGUCAGUCCAACUGCAGGAUGCUGGAGAUUAUACCUGUCAAGUAAAAACUGCAACCGACACAGUGAGAAAAGAAAGCAUCACAAGACAUGUCCAGAUACAAGAGCUGUUCCUACUCCCCCAAAUUAAGCUGAACCUACAGGAAGUGAUGGAAGGUGCAGAGAUGACCUUGACAUGUGACACAGUUCCUAAAUGUCCCACAGACCUGAUGUUUGCUUUCUACAGAGAUGAAGAGAUGGUGCAGGGGUUUAAUUCAUCCAAUAUGUACCAGGUUCAGUCAGCUCAGCUGAAGGACUCAGGAAAAUAUACCUGUGAGGUCAGAACAUCAAACUACACUGUAAAGAAGAGAAGCCAUGUGUUGCAUAUCCAAGUGCAAGGUCGUACAUUAUCUGAGACUCCUGUUAUGUGA